AUGAGCCCUAAAAGUGUGUGGACGUCGUUCCGAUCAUUUAUCUGGGACACAGAUUCCCAUUUGAAAUCCCCAGAAGAGCGGAAGCUAGUCCGCAAACUGGACUUUGCUUUGUUGACGAUUGGGUGUUUAGGAUUUUUCUUGAAAUACCUAGACCAGAACAACAUUACCAAUGCAUACGUGAGUGGUAUGCAGGAAGAUCUUAAGAUGUUUGGCAACCAGUACACCUACGCAACAACAGCAUACACCGUAGCAUAUGCCGUAAUGCAGGUGCCAUCGACACUCAUCAUCCAAAAGAUUAGACCAAGGUACUGGCUCACUGCAAUGGAGGUUGGAUGGGGUACUUUCACGCUCGCCCAAGCUGGGAUGACCAAUGUAUCGCAACUAUACGCAUUUAGAUUUCUAAUUGGGUUUUUCGAGAGUUCCUUUUUCCCUUGCAUGCUAUAUGUUUUAGGGUCAUGGUAUACGAAGACCGAAUUAGCAAAACGAACGGCGAUAUUUCACAUGACUGCUCCAUUAGGUUCAGCAUUCAGUGGCUACCUUCAAGCAGCUGUAUACAAAAACCUGAAUGGCCAUCACGGCAUCGCUGGGUGGAAGUGGCUAUAUAUUGUAUGCGGGGGUAUGACGAUCCCUGUUGGGAUCGUCACCUUCUUCUUCUACCCCGACGUACCUCACAACACUCGUGCAUGGUAUCUGAGUGCUGAAGAAAUAGAAAUUGCUCGAGACCGAGUUAAUAAGGCAGGAAAAGCCGCACCUGCGAAAAUCUCAACGGCAACCUUUUUGCGUGCCGCGCGGAGAUGGAGGUGGUAUGCCUUUACACUUGGCUAUGUGUUAUAUGGAUCCGGAUGCGCAGCAACAAGCUACUUUGCUAUCUGGCUGAAAGCCGAAGGCUUCUCCGUCACUGAACGAAACGUGAUUCCGACAGGCUCCAAUCUUAUUUCUGCUUUCUGUGUAGUUCUUUGGGGCUUUCUUUCCGACUAUACCGGAAGCCGGUUUCUAUUUGUCAUCUUGCCACUUGUAUAUGGCCUAGUACCAAAUGGAAUCCUUGCAGUAUGGCCGGCAAGUGUUGGUUUGAAAGAAUUCGCAUUUUUAACUGACGGAGUUCAGUUGAUGACUGCGAUAUUUUAUACUUGGGCAAAUGAAGUCUGUUCCGACGACAACGAGGAGCGUGCCUUCGUUGUUAGCAGUAUGAAUGGCUUUCAAUAUGCCGUAGCAGCAUGGCUGCCCAUCGUUAUAUUUCCUCAGACAGAAGCGCCUAGUUUUCGGAAGGGUUUCCCUGCUACAUUCGGCUUUGUUAUUGCGGCACUAGUCGUCAUAGCAAUCAUUCAGGUUCUUGUAUUACGAGAGGGACGUAAAAGGGCCUCCUACAGGGAUUAA